AUGGAAACUAUCAAAUCGAAGCUGAGUGGCGACUACGGUAACCUAGUUCGAGCUCUCUUCCAGACACCGAUAGAAAUGUUAUCCUUCGACCUCGGCCAGGGUAUUCGGAGAAGUGGUACAUACACGGUGGGGCUUAACGAAAUCCUCGGUUGCGCCAACAACGCUGAGAUCAAGGCGAUCAAAGAAGCCCACAUAACAUUGGAAAAGCAAUCUUUGGAUCAAUCGGUCACUAAAGAAUGCAAGGGUGAAUAUCAACACUUGAUGCUUUGCCUGUUAAGGGCCUCCAGGGAGGAAGACGAUCCCGAUCUUAUCCAGAAUGCCAUAGUUACUGGAGAUUUCAUCCAGCUAAUUGACCACAAACGUUUGGAAAGAGACGUCGCCACGCUUAGACAGGUCUUGCAAACUGCGUGGGUUAAUAUCGCCGCAGUCUAUGCGUCUGAGCUAAUUAUCUGCUGA